AUGCCGACAAUCAUAGCGUGCCUCUUGACAGUGUUCUACAUCUUCGCCACUACGUCAUCAGCAAAGAAGAACCUCAUAGUUGAUACAGACCUGUUCAGCGAUUGCGAUGACGCUGCGGCUCUCCUUCUCGCCGCCACGUCUCCAGAAGUCAAUCUUCUGGGAGUCAACGUCAACUCCCAAUCCUCAUAUUCAGUAUUAGCAGCAUCGGCCAUCCUCAACCACUACGGCCACGCUCAAGUCCCCGUCGGUGCCCGACGCCCUCUAAAUGAUGUCCCGUUCUUCGACAAAUGGGCCAGCCGGGCCGGCGAAUUCGCGAGCAAGCUAGCAACGCACUGGUUCAAAGGCAUCUCCGACGCCGAGGAAGCCUGGGAACCCGUCGACCUCUACCGCAAGCUCCUUUCCGAGGCAGAAGACGACUCCAUCACCAUAGCCUCCAUCGGCUUCCUACACAAUCUCUCUGGCCUCCUCAACUCCACCGCGGAUGCCUGGUCCCCAUUGCCUGGCACUGAGUUGGUGAAGACCAAGGUCAAAGAGCUCGUCGUCAUGGGCGGGGACUACCCAAACGGAUUCGAAUUCAACUUUUGGGGCGACGAUCCCUAUGAGACGGCACACGCAAUUCACAACUGGACAAGCCCAAUUGUUUACGCCGGCUUCAAGCUUGGGGCCUCGGUUCGCUCAGGCGGCCCUCUCAUGGCUGACGGACCCAAGACUGACCCUGUACGGGCGGCGUACAUACUGUACACGUAUUAUCAGCCGCAGUGGUCUUACGAUCCGAUUGCAAUGCUCUACGCUAUAGGUGGUCUCGGAGAUUUCUUCAAUUUUGGCAACGAGUACGGAUACAACACAAUCACCUUGUACGGAGAAGAUAAGUGCGAUGGUUGCAAUGUUUGGGUGUACGACAAGAACGUCACCAAUCAGCACUGGCUUGAUGUUACAGUCACUUAUGAAAAGCUCAGGGAGGAGCUGGACAGACGGUACCUGCAAGGAGCAUGGUCUUCCAAGAGAGCCUCAGAUCACGUGGGGAUAUUACCCAAGCUUGGCGACUGCAGAGUCGAGCAAGCUUCGGGUCCACCACAGAGACUAGAGCUUUGA